AAGCAACUCGUUUGGGAUUUCUCUCACCAGUACAAACUAGACGGAAAGGCUUGAUCAUUUGCUCGACAUAUUCUUGAAUAACCAGAACGAGAUCGUAUUCCAAGCAACAAAAUGAAUUUAGAUAUAGUGCUUAAGUUCCCACAUGAAGAGGUCACAUUAUGCGUAUGCCGAUACUCACCAAAGGCUGCAUUUACUGACCUAAAAAAGUGUCAGGGAGACAAAUGUGAUUCCUGGCUCCACAAAACGUGUUAUCCACGCAACUACUGCCCAUAUUGUUAUCUCGACAUGAUGGAUGGUCCAUUUUGGGAGCACACUGAAGCUCUACUACCACCAACUGUACUUACUAAAUCCGAUGGAAAAGAUAUAGGUAGAGGCACAUUUGCAAUAAGACCGGUUCAUGAUUUACGUCUGAAAGAGAACGCGCAUUAAGUCCAACUAUGGUGCAUGAACCUACGUGACAACGCAGCUUCUGGCGUCCAGUGGCCUACAGAGUGCACGUUGACAGUUAAUAAUUGCAGUUUGCCGAUAAGUCCAACAGGAUCUGCAAGCAGUCAUGGUGAUUGUGUAACUGUAAGUCUUUCUUUUAACAUACCACCCUGAUUCUAUAUUAGCAUUUCUAUUCCCGAAUGCAGUUUAGUCAUUCCAGAAUUACACACUCAGCGAGGUUCAAACAGAGCGGACACUUGCUUGACUUAAUAAAGUUUCUGCAAUACGCGCAAGCAUCUAAGAAGCUAGUGAAGUGGGAAUGCCCAGUUUGCAGAAAGAGAUACUCAUUUACAGAUCUGAUAUCCGAUGGCUAUUUAAUGCCAAUUCUUGCUGCAUUACCCGAAGAAGUGAAUGAAAUCGAAGUCCAACACGAUGCUUCUUGGAGAUUAAUCGGAAGGACUACUUGGAAUAAGCCUGAGCCUCCGUAUGUUAUUGACCAGGAGGAGGUGGGAGGAGAAGAUGGAGUGGUGCAUAUCCCUUCUGAUGAUGAGACUCAAGGUGUUGCAUCUGCUUCCGUGGCACCUGCUUGCACGGCAUCUACUUCCACGGCAUCUACUUCAGAAACUAAAGAUGUUAAUCCACUUGAUGAUAGCUUGAAGGUUUUGGAAAGUCAAUAUGUUGCAUCUACCGGAGGAGGUGGAGUGGUGCAUGUCUCGUCUGCUGAAGAGAUUCGAGAUGUUGCAGCUGCUUCUGUGGCAUCCGCUUCCGUGGGAUCUACGUCUGAAACUAGAGAUGUAAGACCACCUGAUGAUUCCUUGAAGCUGUUGGGAAGACAGUAUGGAGGAGAUUCGGAUUCUGACUGAGAAACGGAGCUUGCACAGCACUAUGGGUACCAGAAGGCAAUUUCAGAGAAAUGACCUUCCACUGUGAUGCAUCUAUGUAGAAAUUAUAUUUUAGCAGCUGAACACUAAGGAUAUCUCUCUCUUUCAUACUCCUCGUUUUCACUAUUCACAUGUAUAUGUUCCUUUUCUUCUGUGAUUGAACGGGUUAUUAGUAGUAACCCAUCUUCUUCUGUGACUGAACAGUAACCCAUAUAUGUUUUUUUCGAAUUAUAUAUAGCCUUGUAUGCCAAUUUCUUUGUACAUCAGUUAUUACUGUGAAUCAUUAAUGGAACACCAGGUGCUACCUUUUUUUGCUCUUC